CUGACAAGCGGUAGGAGCUGAGCUUUCCCCUUGGACUGCUGUUUCCUGCUGUGUUCAGGGGAGGGGGGCGCUUUCUGGCAACUCUGCUGCUGCUGCUGCUGCUGCUGCUACUACUUCAGCUCCCUCUCCACUCAAGGUAAGCAGGCUCAAAGGGAGGGCAGGCUGCAAGGAAGCCUUUGUACCAUGAACAAGAUCCGAAAGUUUUUCCGAGGAAGUGGGCGAGUCCUGGCAUUUAUAUUUGUAGCUUCUGUCAUCUGGCUGCUCUUUGACAUGGCAGCUCUCCGCCUCUCAUUCAGUGAGAUCAACACUCGGGUCCUGAAGGAAGACAUCGUCAGGAGGGAGCGGGUAGGAUUCAGAGUUAAGCCAGACCAAAUGAAGAUCAUUUACAGCAGCAUAAAAGAGAUGAAGCCCUCACUGAGGGGACAUGGGAAGGGUGUAUGGGGCGAAGAGAACUUUAGAAAGACUGAGGAGAGUAUGCUCAAGGUUAAGGAUAAUUUGGACCAAGCUGAGAGGGAAAGAAAAAUGCAGAACACCCCAGGGAGGGGCAAAGUUGUGCCUUUGUGGCAUCCUGCACGUCUGCAGAGCUUCCCAGUGACUUCUAGCAAGCAGAAGACAGAGGGACGAGACAUCAAACCUGAAGCUUCCUCUCACCACAUGAUGCCAAAGCAAACAACAGCUCAGGGGGCUCAGAAAACCCCAUUCAUAGCACCAAGAGGAGCUCCAUUGGCCCAAAUAUCUGUACACACAGGACCUGUGGGUAUACACCAGGAAGCCCUGAAGAGUCAUAGUCUCAGCAGUGACACAUCAAAACAAGUAGCUGAAAGGAACCUGAAGGUGACCAUUAGUCUUAAUACUGACAGUUCAAAGCAGCAAUCACAGGCAGUAGCAAAGGAGAGGACACACCCUGCCAGCCCACCAGUGCCAAAAUCUGGGGAAGCCAUAGCCUUAAAUAAAACUGAGACUCAGAGUAAAGAACUAAAUGCUAAUAAACAGAAAGCCAGUAAGGCCCUUUCCUUUUCCAAGCUCAAUGCCAAUUCAAAUCACUUAAAGAAGCAAUCUAUUAAUGAGACACAGUUGGGAGGCUUGCCAAAGGCUGAUGGAGCCCAAGUGGCUGGUGGGAAGAAAUUCAAUUUCUCUGAAAGCCAUGUUGUGAUUGUAACCAAGGAGGAGGAGCUAAAGACAGACACCAAAGAGAUCCCCAAUCCUAAAGACAAAACUAUAUUUUCUCGAGUAUUGGGUGAGAGCCAAGGAAAAUAUAUCUCCAGGAAUAGAAGGGAGACGUCUUUUUCUUCACUUGCUCUACAGAGAGCAACAGUGUCUCAAACCAAUCAAGCCUUAGCUGGGGGGCUAGAUCUGGCAAGAACCAACUUAACUGCCAAGGUCCAGCCUGCAGAACUCAACCAAAGUCAUAUAAAAGUCCUUUUACCUGAAGACAGUGGAAUGCACCAUGUGUUAAAAAUUGAUGUGACACUUUCCCCAAGGGACCCCAAAGCUCCAGGUCAGUUUGGACGUCCUGUGGUUGUUCCCCAUGGAAAAGAAAAGGAGGCAGAAAGAAGAUGGAAAGAAGGAAAUUUCAAUGUCUACCUCAGUGAUUUGAUUCCAGUGGACAGAGCCAUUGAAGACACAAGACCUGCCGGGUGUGCAGAACAGCUAGUUCACAAUAACCUCCCAACCACCAGUGUCAUCAUGUGCUUUGUGGACGAAGUGUGGUCCACUCUCCUGAGGUCUGUUCAUAGCGUCCUCAAUCGCUCUCCUCCACACCUCAUCAAGGAGAUUCUGUUGGUGGAUGACUUCAGCACCAAAGACUACCUGAAAGAUAAUUUGGAUAAAUACAUGUCUCAGUUUCCAAAAGUUCGGAUUCUUCGCCUCAAAGAGAGACACGGCUUAAUAAGAGCCAGGCUGGCGGGAGCGCAGAAUGCAACAGGUGAUGUGUUGACAUUCUUAGAUUCUCACGUGGAAUGUAACGUUGGUUGGUUGGAACCUCUUCUGGAGAGAGUUUAUUUAAGUAGAAAGAAAGUAGCCUGUCCAGUAAUCGAAGUCAUCAAUGAUAAGGAUAUGAGUUACAUGACAGUGGACAACUUUCAAAGAGGCGUCUUUGUGUGGCCCAUGAACUUUGGUUGGAGAACAAUUCCUCCAGACAUUGUUGCAAAAAACAGAAUUAAAGACACUGACAUAAUAAGGUGCCCUGUCAUGGCAGGUGGAUUAUUUUCUAUCGAUAAAAACUACUUUUUUGAACUUGGAACUUAUGACCCUGGGCUUGAUGUUUGGGGUGGAGAAAAUAUGGAGCUCUCAUUCAAGGUGUGGAUGUGUGGUGGUGAAAUUGAAAUCAUUCCCUGUUCCCGAGUGGGUCACAUAUUCAGAAAUGACAAUCCGUAUUCCUUCCCCAAAGACCGGAUGAAGACAGUGGAGCGGAACUUGGUGCGGGUUGCUGAGGUCUGGCUUGACGAGUACAAGGAGCUGUUCUAUGGCCAUGGGGAUCACCUCAUAGACCAAGGGUUAGAUGUCGGAAACCUCACCCAACAACGGGAGCUUCGAAAGAAGCUAAAAUGCAAAAGUUUCAAGUGGUACUUGGACAAUGUUUUUCCAGACUUGAAGGCUCCCAUUGUGAGGGCUAGUGGUGUGCUUAUUAAUGUGGCCUUGGGUAAAUGCAUUUCCAUUGAAAACACUACCAUCAUUCUGGAAGACUGUGACGGGAGCAGCAAGCUUCAACAAUUUAAUUACACCUGGUUAAGACUUAUUAAACAUGGAGAAUGGUGCUUAGCUCCCAUCCCUGAUAACAGAGCCCUGAGGCUGCACCUCUGUGAUAACAGAAACAAAGGGCUAAAAUGGCUACAUAAAUCAACAUCAGUCUUUCACCCAGAACUGGUGAACCACAUUGUUUUUGGAAACUAUCACCAGUUGUUAUGCUUGGAAGGAAAUCUUUCUCAGAAGACCCUGAAAGUUGCUGCUUGUGACCCAGUGAAGCCAAAUCAAAAGUGGAAAUUUGAAAAAUAUUAUGAAGACUGA